UUAUCUACGACGAACUUGUCUGCAAACGAGCAACUUUUUGGAUCAGAACAAUCUCUCCCAUCAUUACACACCAACUUGUCAUUGUCAUAUCAUCAUUUUCUUUAAUAAAUUCAUUUCCUUUUGCUGCAAAUUUAAACAAAAAAAACCCAAAAAACACACCAAAUUUGCUGACUUUAUAACAAAUUAAUCUAAAGGGUGCUCAUAAGUUAUUGUUCUUGUUGCUGGGUUUGUUUGAAAAUUUGGUGGGUAAAUUUUUUAAGAAAAGAUUUUGAUUGUGAGAUGGGAAAUGUUAAUGGGAGAGAUGAGUGUGGAGAUGAAGAAGAUGGAUCUAAUAUUGGUGCUGUUAACGAUUUAACAGCUCCGUCAGAUUUAAUGGCGGAUGCUAUAGCUAUUAAUAAUAAUAAUAAUCAUCAUCAUCGGACUAAUAACACAAAUAAUAGUAAUAAUACGCCUCCUCAUAGCCCUUCUCGGUCUGCUUCUCCUUUGUUGUUUGCUCCUCAGGUUCCAAUAGCUCCCUUGCAGAGGGCGGACGGACCACCUUUCUUGAAUCAAAUGUGGCGCAAUGAUUCUAUUGGAGUUGCUGAUCAGCCUCUCGAACAAGGAAUCCCUAUGGUUAUCUCUUGGAAUUAUGGGGGUAAUGAAGUAUUUGUGGAAGGAUCUUGGGACAACUGGACUACUAGGAAGCAAUUGCAAAGAUCUGGUAAAGAUUGUUCUAUUCUUCUGGUCCUUCCAUCAGGCAUCUAUCAUUACAAGUUCAUUGUAGAUGGGGAAUGGAGAUAUAUCCCAGACCUCCCUUGUGUUGCUGAUGAAUCGGGCAAUAUUUGUAAUCUUCUCGAUGUUAAUGAUUACGUGCCGGAAAUCUUAGACAGUGUAUCCGGGUUCGAGGCUCCACCAUCUCCAGACUCGACAUACAGUCAGACAGUUCCAACGGAAGAGGACUUUGCAAAGGAGCCAUUAGGGGUUCCACAACAGCUCCAUCUUACUGUCCUCGGUGUUGAUCCAAACGAAGCUUCAUCUUCAAAGCCUCAACAUGUUGUGCUUAACCACCUUUUCAUAGAGAAAGGGUGGGCAUCGCAAUCUCUAGUCGCGCUCGGGUUGACUCAUAGGUUUCAAUCAAAAUAUGUGACUGUUGUCCUUUAUAAGCCACUGAAAAGGUAGCACUACAAGUUUUGAAUGUAACUCUGUUUAUAGAAUGCUCAAUCUUUCAGCUUACAUGAAUAAUGAAUCCAUGAUUUGUCUGAUAAA